AUGCCUCAUCUCAACGUCUCUCAGCUUCUCUCAAACUUCAGCAGCAGAGCAGAACCAGAAAACCUCUACCGGCCCUUCUCCGUCUUCAGCGUGCUCACCCUGACGCUGCUGGCCAUGCUGGUGGUGGCCACCUUCGUGUGGAACCUGCUGGUUCUGGUGACCAUCCUGAGGGUCCGAACCUUCCACCGCGUCCCUCACAACCUGGUGGCGUCCAUGGCCAUCUCGGACAUCAUGGUGGCGGGGCUGGUGAUGCCGCUCAGCCUGGUCCGGGAGCUGUACGGGCGCCGGUGGAUCCUCGGGAGGGCGCUGUGCCAGGUCUGGAUCUCCUGCGACGUGCUGUGCUGCACGGCCAGCAUCUGGAACGUGACCGCCAUAGCGCUGGAUCGAUACUGGUCCAUCACGCGGCACCUGGAGUACACGCUGAAGACCCGGAAACGGAUCUCCAACGUGAUGAUCGGACUGACGUGGCUGCUCUCCUCGGUCAUAUCCCUGUCCCCUCUGUUCGGGUGGGGGGAGACGUAUUCGGAGGAGGAGCUGGCGUGCCAGGUCAGCCAGGAGCCCUCGUACACCGUCUUCUCCACCUUCGGGGCCUUUUAUUUACCCCUGUGUGUCGUGCUCUUCGUCUACUGGAAGAUUUAUAAAGCCGCCAAGUUCCGCAUCGGAUCUCGCAAGACCAACACCAUCAUGCCCAUGGCCGAGAUCAUCGAGGUGAAGGAAGCGGCCGAGCAGCCUCAGCUAGCCUUCGCCGUGCGCCACGCCGCCGUGUCCUUCCAGGCCGAGGGCGAGACGUGGCGCGAGCAGAAGGAGCGGCGGGCGGCGCUGAUGGUGGGCAUCCUGAUCGGCGUCUUCGUGCUGUGCUGGAUCCCGUUCUUCCUGACCGAGCUGAUCACGCCGCUCUGCUCCUGCCAGAUCCCACCCGUCUGGAAGAGCGUCUUCCUGUGGCUGGGCUACUCCAACUCCUUCUUCAACCCGCUCAUCUACACCGCCUUCAACAAGAACUACAACAGCGCCUUCAGGAACCUGUUCAUCCGCCAGCGCUAACACCCCGCGCUAACACCCCGCUCAUCUACACCGCCUUCAACAAGAACUACAACAGCGCCUUCAGGAACCUGUUCAUCCGCCAGCGCUAACACCCCGCGCUAACACCCCGCUCAUCUACACCGCCUUCAACAAGAACUACAACAGCGCCUUCAGGAACCUGUUCAUCCGCCAGCGCUAA